GUGCUUGCUUAGUUGCAUCUCGCGAACCUUCAACGUUCUCCAACGAAGUUACCUUGGUGACUCAACCGACAGAAGGCAGGAAAAGGGUAGUUAUGGCCAGUAGUGCCUUCAAGCAGGCAACCGCUGCUCCGACCACGCUACAACAAUCACAGACCAAUGCGUUACUUACGCUUUUAAAUCUCAAUCACCCUAUUGAGACACCGGGCUCCACGAGUACGAAAACAGGUGGAAGCUCGCUGAAAGCACCACCAACAGCGGGUCCGCCAGUGUGGAAGGUCCUCGUACUUGACCAACACACUAAGGAUGUCCUGGCUACUGUGCUACGUGUUCAAGACCUACGAGACGUCGGAGUUACAUUGCAUGUACAGUUGCACUCAGCACGACCACCAUUACCCGACGUUCCAGCAGUCUACUUCGUGACGCCUACUCUGAACAAUAUCAAACGAAUAGCAGAGGACUUGCAAAAGGGCCUGUAUGAAUCCUACCACCUGAACUUUGUGGAACCGCUUUCGAGAGCGUUAUUGGAGGAGUUGGCGGCGUUGGUUGCAAGAGAUGGGUCGGAUCCCUCAAUUGACCAGGUUCUUGACCAAUACCUCUCGUUCAUUGCACCUUCACCAUCACUCUUCUCACUCAUGCCUCCGCCAAACCCUCCUCCAACUGCUGCUCCAACUGCCUCAUCGUCUUCUGGGACCACUGCUCCUCAACCACACUCAACAUAUGCUAUCCUCAACUCACCUUCAUCAAUAGAGCAACAGAUAGAAGAAGAGAUCGAGCGUGUAGCAAAUGGACUAUUUAGCGUUGUCGUGACUAUGGGUCAUGUUCCAAUAAUUCGUGCGCCAAGAGGGAACGCAGCAGAAAUGGUCGCGAAGAAAUUAGAGACCAAGAUUCGAGACGCGAUCUUGUCAGCAUCGAGGUCUCAUGCACCUUCAUUAUUCGCACAAGACUCGACAGGCUUGUCGAACCUUCAACGACCGCUACUCCUCAUUCUUGAUCGAAACGUUGACCUAGUGCCCAUGAUGUCCCACGGAUGGACAUACCAAGCUCUCGCUUCGGACUGCCUAGAAAUGAAACUCAACCGCGUCGUAGUUUCACAUCCACAGAAGCGUUCUUACGAUCUGGACUCGAAAGAUUACUUCUGGGCGAAGAACGCUGCUAACCCGUUCCCUCAGGUUGCUGAAGACAUCGACGCGGAGCUCAAUCGGUAUAAACAGGAUGCCGCAGAGAUCACGAGACGUACGGGGGUCAGCGACGUUAACGAUAUUUCACAGAUGGACUUGUCAGCGAAUGCGGCACAUUUAAAGACUGCCAUUACUCAACUUCCAGAAUUAACCGCACGAAAGGCGACCUUGGAUACACAUAUGAAUAUCGCAACCGCCCUUCUGGAGGAGAUCAAGAAACGAGGGUUGGACGAGUUAUUCAGUAUGGAGGAAGCCAUGUCUAAGCAGAACGUACAAACGAUCCUUGAGACCCUCCGCAACCCGAAACCAGACGUCACACCUACGCCAACAGAUAAACUCCGACUUGUACUCGUAUUCUACCUCUCAGUACCUGACAACGCGCUUUCAAAAGACGAUAUCAACGAGCUUGAAAAAGAGUUGAAAGCGGCCGGUGCUGAUGUUGCAGCAUUCGAAUAUGUAAGGAAGACUCGGGAGAUCUCGAGGAUGACUGUGCCUAGCGCCAUGGAUCGAAGCGUUACGCCUGUACUUGGAGGUACGCCCGGUGGGGAGCUGUUCAAGGGAUUCAGUGCGCUCGGGAACAGGCUGACUGACCGACUGAAGGACGGCGGCCUCGAGAACCUCAUCAGCGGGGUGAAGAACUUCCUCCCGGCCAACAAGCUCCUCCCAGUGACACGUCUCACCGAAGCCUUGAUGGACUCCUCCAGCGCAUCCAAUGCAUCCCUGCAAGAAACCGACGACUACAUCUUCCUUGACCCUCGUUCCCCACGGACUUCUCAUGCCGGACUCGGUAUCUCUAAUGUCGGAGGACCUGCGGGCGGUGCAGGUAGUGGACGAGCGAGACGGAUGGCGUUUAAUGAGGGUGUUGUUUUUGUGGUUGGUGGUGCUGGGUAUGUUGAGUAUGGGAAUUUGGAGGAGUGGGCGGGGAAGACGGGUAAGAGGGUCACGUAUGGUGGGACGGAGAUUGUAGACCCGGGAGGAUUUGUGAAGAUAUUGGAGAGUUUGGGGAAGGUUGGGUCGUAGCUUUAGGGUACCAGUUUGUUAUUUCUGGUAGUUAGACUUGGAUACCAUGGACGUUCAUACAUGCCUGUAAAGUGAAAGUGGGACCUCACAGGUUGAAAUGUGAGCCAAGAAGCACUGGACUGAGUGGUGCUGAAACUAGAAUACAGCAUUGAUACUACAUGAAUAAGGAAACUCUGUAUGUCUAAAC